AUGUCCGACCACAGCGAGCUACAGCAGGAAUUGAAUGCUGUGGCUCGAGAGAAUGCUCAGAUGGAGCGGGAAUUAUGGAGUAUGCAGAAGCUUCAUGAAGCUAUGCAGCAGGACCUGCUGAAGGAGCAGAGCAGGUCACAUUCGCUUCGCAAUGAACUGCGACGCUUGAAAUCUGACGAUGUUGUGGGCAGCAUGAUUGAAGCACCACGUGUCCGCGCUGCUGGAGGCGCUAUUCCAGGCAGCGAGGAAUUGAAUGCUGUGGGUCGAGAGAAGGCUCAGAUGGAGCGGGAAUUAUGGAGUAUGCAGAAGCUUCAUGAAGCUAUGCAGCAGGACCUGCUGAAGGAUGCAAGCUUCCAGCAGCACGGGCAUGUGGUGCUUCCAUCACGCUGGAUGCAGACAUCGUCAGAUUUCAAGCGUCGCAGUUCAUUGCGAAGCGAAUGUGACCUGGUGCAGCGCUCGACUGACAGCUUGCAUCCUGGAAAUGAUGCAGGGAGCACCUGA